GGGAGUGGUCGGCGUGUGUCACCAUCCGCGUGAGCGCGUGUUUUUUUGUUACUCAGUAUCGCAUAAACCCACAAUAAACGGAUACACUUAACAACAAUUCAACGCACCAAGUCCCCGUUCCCUGAUAACUGUGACUAAUAAAAUAUUGGGAUUCUGAUGAGUUGAAAAAAAAAAUCGUGCGAUUAUUUUUCUCACUUUGAGGCAUCUCUGAAUCGGAAUAAUGUUUACGGCGACAAGAGUAGCGGUCAACAGUGACAUGGUGAUUAAUUUUUUACGUUGAGUAAAUAUUACCGACCGGAAAAUCAUAGUAUUUGUGCUAAAUUCGGUGGUGUUAAUCGCAGAAGCGUUCAGCUUCGAUAUAUCAUUUUUUCUCCUGUUCAUUUCGCGGAACAAUUUGACGGUACAUCAGACCGUAUAUCUCAGUUAAACCGUGUGUGUGUGUCAGCCGUGACUCUAUUUGGGAUUAUUAUCAUUUUAUUUGGCUCACUGUGUGAUACAUUUGAAUUACGGAACAAGGAGAAUAUACAAUCAUGACGGCAGACAGACUGUUUGAGACCACCAGCAUCCCGGGGCAUCUCGCUCCCACGCCAGAAAGACUUGAGCGGCUUCUUUCAAAACAGACUCUCGAGGAGCUCUAUGAAGUUGAGGAACAGCCUUUCGCACGAGGAAAGUAUGCUACAGUCAGACGAUGCAGAGAGAGAUCAAGUGGUAGACAGUGGGCAGCCAAGUUCCUGAGGAAGAGACGACGCGCACAGGAGCUGAAAGCUGAAGCUCUUCAUGAAGUCGCGGUACUGGAUGCCGCGGCACACUGCCCACAACUCGUUUCGCUUCAUCAAGUUUUUGAGACCAAUACUGAGAUGGUGCUGGUUUUAGAACUUGCUCCAGGUGGUGAACUACAGAUGGUGCUUGACAGGGACGAAGUGCCAGAGGAGCAUCAAGUUGUCAGACUUCUCCGACAGAUCCUGGAUGGUAUCGCGUUCCUUCACUCCUUCAACGUGGCACAUCUUGACAUCAAGCCCCAGAAUUUGGUUCUAACUGGUGAAUUCCCGGACUGCGAUGUCAAGCUGUGUGACUUUGGAAUCUCCAGAUAUAUAAGUCAUGGCGCUGACAUCCGUGAAAUUUUGGGCACGCCCGAUUAUGUUGCCCCCGAAGUCCUCAACUACGAGCCAAUCAGUCUAGCAACGGACAUGUGGUCCGUGGGAGUGUUGCUCUACGUCCUCCUCACGGGAUGUUCACCGUUCGGUGGUGACACGAAGCAGGAAACAUUCUGCAACAUAAGCCGAUGUCGCCUCGAUUUCCCGGACGAUCUGUUCGAAGAUGUAUCCGAGGCAGCAAGAGAUCUCAUGCGAAAACUCAUGGUCAAGGACCCAAGCCAACGCCUGACGGUGACGGAGUGCCUGGAGCACCCCUGGUUCACCGGCUGCAGAAGCCCAGAGACACCCCUAACAAUCUCAACAACCGAAGACCUCCCAGACGACAGUUCACUAAGUCCACCACUUCCCGCCCUCCCAGACUCCACAUUACCAGAAAGAUCUUCAACUCCCGAGCCCCCAGCUGUGACCCCCUCCGAUUCGGUCCCGAGAUCGUCCCUCGAGUCAGCAGCCCCAGAAGUGGAGAAAUCGCUGCCUAAGGAGCCCAAAUUCGAGUCGAGAACACUGCCCAAGAUGACGGAGUACAGGAAGUCGCCGAAGCAGCCAGCAAUGCCCUUGAGGAUUGGCCUGAGUCCAGACAGGAGGGACACCUUCAAGAAGAACAUGGACUCCCUCGCGCAGAAAUUCUCGUCAGGUGAAAUCGUCAUUAUUGAGCAGAGUGUUGGCACUCAGAGACGAGCAAUCGGUAAUCACACGAUGCCAGCUGGUGAAGUCUUCAAGUGCACACCGGUUUUUAUUCUCGGUGAGGAGCAGCAGUGCAGCGACAGCGGCAGCGACACUGUAUCUGAGAUAUCAACAGACAGUUCGAGUGAUCGCAGUAGUAUCUACUCAGACGAUUCACUCGAUUUCAUUCUCUAUGGCAAGAGCCAGGGCAGGGCAAGCUUUCCUUUCGCUGGUACUGAGACAGACAGGUGGGAUCACAGGCAUCACACGAGACCCUGGCCCAGGGAGUGCAAUGGCGUUGUCAGUAAAGCUCUCAGUCGUUUCACAGCUGAUCCCUCCAGUAAAGCUUCCAGGGCGACUGUGCCACCGUCUAGCAGAGCGAAGACUGGUCUUGAGGCCCUCAGGGAACGUGGUGGCAAUCUUGUCGUCAUUCGCGAGCCUGUCAGGGCUGGGAGGUACACUAGGUAUAGCGAAGUUCAGUGCGAGUCUGUGCAGGCGAGAAUCCGGAGGUUCCAGGUGCAUGGGGGAUCGUAAACGGGAGCUUAGGGUUAAGUAGGGAUUUUUAGGUAAUCGUCGAUCUCCUGAAGGAUGAUAACACGGAAAACAGGGAAAUUGUUGUCUAUGAUCUUUGAGGGGACGUGGGAGUCGCACGGGGAGAAUAGAAGGGAUAGCAAGAUUGGUGGAAAAUUAGUCUUGACAUUUCGAGUGAUACACUUUUAAUAAGAUUAUCAUUUUGGUAUUGAUUAAUUAAAGUGAUUGGAAAUUAUCGAAAUUCAGGCAACUACUGGUCUGAAUUCUCAAGCUGUUUAAAAUUCAAUUGUGUGUAAUCGUUAAUUUGCUUGCAAUUCAAGAAAAAAAACUUCUAAUUGUGUAAUAGCUAAUUGUUCUUCCGUGAGAAUUGAAAGUCUUGAAGGAAUUGUUUUUGUUCAGAUAUUGUUUGAAUCAAACACUAGACGUUUGUGUGAAAUCGAAUCUUAUUUCUUUCGAGUAGUUUCGAUUAUUAAAAAUAUUAUUGGAUACAAUUGUGAUUGGAAUCCUUUACGUUCACUUUGAAUUGAUCCCCUGUCCCCUCAAGAUGAGGUUUAAACUAUUGUUUAUUAUCUUUGAGGGGACAUAUGGAGGUCUUACAGAAAGUGUAAAAUGGAUUCCAACACUGAAAUAUCUUUAAAUUCUUAACAUUAUCAACAUUUUGGUGUUAAUGAAUGAAAAUUAUUAAACAUUAUUGAAGUUCAAGCAACUAUUGUUCUGAAUUCUCAACCUAUUCAACGUUCAAUUAAAUUUAAUUGUCAAUUUGACAUUAAAUGAAAUUCAAAUUCAUAAUACUAAAAAUUGAAAUGCAACUGUUACUUAAAUUUCGAGAAAAUUCCAACAGUGAAAUUGUCUUUCUUUUUUAAGAACUGAAUGUCUUGACUUCUCAGAUUAUUGAAUAGAAUAGAGCAUCCAAGAAGAAAUAGUUGUGGUUCCAAUAUUAUUUGAAUCAAACACUAGACAUUGGGUAAAAUUGACUCUCAUUUACUUUGGGUAAUUUCAAUUAUCAAAAAAACUUGAAGACAGUUGAAUUUGAAUCCUUUUUUAUCUCUCCGAAUAGACCUCGCGUCCCCUCAAAAUGAGGUUUAAAUUCAGGGUUGUGAGUGUAAACACGUGUGAAUGAAAAUUUUGGAAAAUUUUUAUUGUAAAUAGAAGGAAUGAUUGAAUGAAUUGAACCAUCAACCUGGUGUACAUAAUAUCACAUACGUAUUACGGAUUGAUGAAUGAGUGAGAAAGUUAGAGAGGGAGAGAGAGAAAGAAUGAGUCGUGAGAUUAAAGUGAAAUGCGGACGCAAUUUGUCCUCUGCCGAUUUAUCAAUAGACUGACUGGCCGUCCCCACGAGAUAAUUACGAAUCGGAUUGAGUACGCAAUGUACCGCUAAGUGUUCGUCAAAAUAAACGCCAUAUUAUAGAUGAAUUGACCAAGACGUUCAGUCGUAAAAAGGUGUCACAGUAAUUAUUUCUAUUGAUAUUACUGCGAUACUUUUUUACGAAUUCAACGUGAAGAACUUUAAAUAUCUUGGGUGCCUUUGUUAGUAAUCCUUAAGUCCACUGUAUACAAAAUGCACAAAAAAAAAUGAACCACAAAUAUUUCCAGGAAAUGUAGUGCCUACUUCCGUAUCCACCGAGUUAUCAGUUCAAUUGUUGAAUGAUAAUCGUGUGAUACAAGAUGUUUCAUUUUUUUUCAUGAUUCAAUUGCCACCUAUUUGAUGAAUUUAGGAAUGAAACUUUUUGAUAAUAUUAUUGUAAUGGGGGCCUUGAAUUUUUUCACCUUCGUUAUUCAACAGUGCUGUGCCUUAUGCAAUCCCGAUGAAUUUUUUAUAACGUCGUACGAUCAAAAUUGAGAGCCUAAACGAGUUUUUAGGCUUCUUUAAUUCAUGUCGCUGACAUUUUCACAUCAAACUUCGCCAUUUAGCCUUAAUAAAAUCAAUGGUGAAUGGUUUAAGUUAAUUACUCAUUCAAUUAAAAAUUAUUGUUCAAUAGGACAUCAAGUUGUCAUGUUCUUUCGUCUUUAGACAGACUGAGUCAAUCACUUUAUCAGAAUAUUAUCAAAAAAUAAUAAAAUGUAUCAAGUGUUCUCAGGUAGAAUACAGUGACGAAUGCGAUAAUAAAUCCGCUGAGUGAUUACAAUUAAAAUUAUCAGUAUGGCGUUGUAGGAAGAUUAAUUCGUGUACAUUAGUAUUUCAUAAUUUAAUUUAUCAUUUAAUAUCUCCUACGAAUUUUUGUCUCCCCUUUUUUUCAACCUUAAAUUAUUCUGGAUUUGAAGCUGGUGAUGGCAUGUUUAUUUUCUCUCUAGAAGGUUUUUUUUUCUUUAUCAUCUUUUCUCUUUCUGGGCCAACAGCGACCAUGUGCGAUCAAGAGUGUUGCACCCCUAUUUGUAAAUGCUAGUCAUAAUUUUUUGUAUCACUUUGAACGCACCUGGUCAAAGUCUGUUGUUUAAGUGUAAUUACUAUUAUUUUUUUUUUCUACAGAAUAUACAAUACUCGGUUUAAUGAAUAAAAAUUGAUGCUCGCUCAAUGUACUUUCCUUUGUGAUUCGAGAAAUUUGGUUAUAUAGAAUGAAAUUCAAAGAUUAAAAAACAAUGGAGAAUAAAAUAUAAAGCAUUUCUUGUAUUAUAGCUGUUCUGGAGACAAGAUUGUGGAUGAAACAUCCAAGUUAAUUAUUGGUCUACUUAAGAAGUAUUUAUUUUAUUAUUAUUUUUCAUAUAAAAUUUAUAGAGAAUGAUUUAUUUAAAGAAAUUUUUGUAUGUUUUACAUGGAGAAAAAUAGAAAAAUUCCCGACGAUAAUUGUAAAUUAUUAUGGCACUUGGAUGGCCUUCCACCCUCUUGACAUGUCCAAUCAUCAAUUAUCAUUACAUUAUAGUUAUAUUAUUAAAAUAAUAUAAAAGCAUACUUAUCAAAAAAACAAAACAAUCGUUUAGUUGAUAAGUUCCAAAAUGUAAAUACUAUUUCAAUCAUUGUAUUAAUUUUAAUGACUAUAUGAAAUAAAUGCUAUGAUACAUCUACACAAUUG